AUGGCGAUUGAUCUGAAGGCCGGCGGGCGGAACAAGAAGACCCACAGGACGGCCCCCAAGAGCCGGAAUCCCUACCUCCUCCUUCUCGUCAAGAUCUACCGCUUCCUGGCGCGGCGCACGGGCAGCCCGUUCAACAAGGUGGUGCUGCGCCGCCUCUUCAUGAGCCGCACCAACCGCCCGCCCGUCGCGCUCUCGCGCGUCCUCGAAUACGGCGAGAACAAGGGCGCGGAGGCGGUGGUGACGGUGGUGGGCAAGGUGACGGACGACAAGCGCCUGUACGCCGUGCGCGAGGGCGUCAAGGUCUGCGCACUGGCCUUCUCCGCCACUGCGCGCGCGCGCAUCGAGAAGGCGGGCGGCGAGUGCCUCUCCUUCGACCAGCUCGCGCUGCAGCGGCCCACCGGCAACAACUGCCUGCUGCUCCGCGGCAAGGUGACGAGCCGCGAGGCGUUCAAGCACUUCGGCCCCGCGCCCGGUGUGCCCCACAGCAACACCAGGCCAUAUGUGCGCAGCCAGGGCCGCAAGCGGGAAAUGGCUCGUGGUCGCAGGAACAGCCGCGGCUUCAAGACAGCGUCGCACCGUCGAGGCAGUUCAGCGGCACCGAACCUCGCUCCUCGCAACCGCCUCGUUGAAUCCGCCUCUGUGCAUAUCGGUCGACCAUCGGCAAGCCACGCCGCGAGGCCACAUUCGAGCGCAUCAGGCGCGCCGCUCACCCGUUCUGCUUGCGUGCCGCGGGCCAUGGGUGGAACGAACGACUUGACGGCAAGCGACGCGGCGAAAGGCCAGGAAAGCCGGCGGCGCGCGCGGACUCGUCGGUUCGCCAUCCUGCUGGCCGGCCACAGCAGUCCGUACUCACAGCAGCGCUACGGCGACUACAGUGGCAUGUUCCUCUCGCUGCUCAGGGAUGGCGGACACGCUCAGGGGGAGAAGGCGGCAGGGGAAGGGGAAGCGGGGGAGCGGUGGGACGUGUUCUCCGUGGUGGACGGGCAGUUCCCCUCCGCGCAGGACCUGGAGGAGGUGGAGGCGGUGGUGGUGACGGGCAGCAAGCAUGACGCGCAUGCUGACGACCCCUGGAUCGUGCGCCUCUGCGCCCUGCUGCAGCAAUUACACCGCCGCCAGACCAAGAUCCUGGGCGUCUGCUUCGGCCACCAGGUGGUGGGGAGGGCGCUAGGGGGGCGCACGGGGAGGGCAGCGGUGGGGUGGGAGCUGGGGAUCAAGCCCGUGCACUGCACUGCUGACGUGGCAUCGCUGCCAUAUGCUGCCGGCCUGCCAUCGUCCUUCAAGAUUCUGGAGAUCCAUCAGGAUCAGGUGUUGGAGUUGCCUCCCGAAGCUGUUCUCCUGGGAUCGUCACCGCGCACGCCCAUUGAGAUGUUUGCUAUAGGGGAGCAUGUGUUGUGCAUGCAGGGACACCCCGAUCACCACCAACUUCCCGCCAUGGCUCGCGGUGCACGCGCGAGUCCAUUGCUAUGGGCGGCCGUCGCGGCACUCGUGCUACUCGGAUCAACAGCGGCGGCGGCGGCGGAGGAGGGCGAUCACACGUUCAGCGCGAGCGUGGUGAAACUGACGGACGCCAACUUCAAGCGGAAGACCAAAGGCCACACCUUCGUCAUGUUCUACGCUGAAUGGUGCGGGCACUGCAAGCGGCUGAUCCCCGUGUGGUCGCAGCUGGCGGACGAGCUCAAGGAGGCGGGGCGCGCUGACGUCAGCAUGGCGUCGCUGCUGGCAACGGAGCAUCGCGCGCAUCCCGCGGCGAAGCUCGUGCGCGGCUUCCCCACGCUCAUCUGGUUCCACGGCGCCCGCCCCGUCGCGCAGUACGAGGGGGACCGGUCGCGGGAGUCGCUGCUGGCGUUCAUAGAGGAGCAGGCGCAGCUGGGGGAGGCGGAGCUAGCGGAGGGCGCGCGGCGCCUGGAGGAGGAGGCGCGGCGGGCGGAGGAGGAGGCACAGCGCGCAGAGGAGGGGAAGGGCGCGGAGCCCACGUUCAGUGGGAGCGUGGUGGAGCUCACCGAUGGAAACUUCCAGGAAAAGACCCGCGGGCACACCUUCGUCAUGUUCCACGCUGAAUGGUGCGGGCACUGCAAGCGCCUCAUCCCCACGUGGUCGCAGCUGGCGGACGAGCUGCAGCAGGCGGAGCGGGCGGGCGUGGGGGUGGCGGCGCUGCUGGCCACCCAGCACCAGAAGCACCCCGCCGUGGGCUUCAUUCAGGGCUUCCCCACGCUCCUCUGGUUCCACGGCGGCCAGAUGGUCGCUGAAUACUCGGGCGACCGCAGCAUCGCUUCCCUGCGUGCUUUCGUGGAGGAGCAGGGCGCGCUGCAGGGGGCAGCCCUGGCGCGCGCCAAGAAGGACAUGAAGGCCGCCGUGGAGCGCAAGAUCCGCGAGCGCCAAGACGAGCAGCAGCGCGCCGCCCAGGAGCAGCGCCGCAUCGAGACGGAGUUCGCCGCCCGGGUGCCGGAAAUCAGCCUGAGCGACCCGAGCAGGGUGGAGGGGCAGGCGGUGGUGGUGCUGCAUUAUGCGGACUGGUGCCACGCGUGCGGCUCUAUGAAGACUGUGCUGCUGGACUUGCUAGCAGACCCCCCUGUGGAGGGGCUUGUGGUGGGGCGCUUCAAGGACCCCCAGGCGGGGCUGCUUGCUGCUGGUAACACGCUGCGUAACGGCCAGCCCACGACGUUUUUCGUGAGCGGUGGGCGGAUUGUGGAUGCGUUGCAAGGGGUGAAGAAGGGUGAGGAGGUGCGGGAGUGGGUGAGAGAGUUGGGGGAGUUGAGUGAGGAGGAGGUGGAGGAGAGGGGGAUGGAGUGGAGGGAGGGCGCGGAGGAGGAGGUGGAGAGGUUGCAGCGUGAGGAGAGGGAGAAGAUUCAGGAGGAGGUGAGGAGGAAGGAGGAGGAGAAGAGGAGGGCGAAGCUGCAGAAGCGCAAGCAGAAGACGAGGCAAACGUCGAUCAAGCCGCCAUUUGCAUCUGCACCUGCCAGUGCGCGCAUCGGUGACGCGCGCACUAACCACCGACGCGCAUCACUCGCGAGCGCGCAUUGUACACCGACGCGCUUUGAACAGCGAGGCGUGGCGAUGGGGUCGAUAACAGCGGACGGCGAUCACCUGCAUGUGCGCGUGCCCAACGUGCCCGCCAUCGUCGCCAAGAGCUUCCACGACCGCGUCGCCGACACCCAAUCGCUGCUCUCCCAUGUCGGCAGGCAAGCGAAGGCCAUGGCGGAGCGAUCGACGGCGCGCGAGCGCGUGAUGGCGGCGGUGGCGGCGCUGCUGGCGGUGGCGCUCGUGGCGUUCAGCGUCGCGCUCUCGCUGCGCCCGCCGCCCUCCAUCGUGGACGCGCCGCUCCUGCUCGACACGCUAUCGGGCAUCCAGGACAUCACGUGGCGCGGCUACGCGGACUACGAGAUGCGCAUCUCGCCGCUCUCCCGACAUGUCUCGCGCCCCUCCCUGCCCUUCCAGCCCAUAGCGCGCGGCCCGCACGGGUUCAUCCAGUUCAGCGCGUACCGCCUGUCGGCGCGCUCCUUUGCCAUCGUGGGGUUCGGCGCGCACUUCCUCAAAGACCACCUGGGCGCGUUGAAGUGUGUGUGGGCGGAGGGCGGCAAUGCGAGCAGCACGGGCAGCAAGGGCGAGGUGAAGGCGGUAUACGGCGGGCUGAACGGGUGGGAAACCUACGAUGCCGUUCUCAUGAAGUGCGACUUUGAGGCGGCCACGGGCACCAUGGGCGGGGAUCUCUUUCUCACCGUGGCUAGCGAGGAGUUCAGAGCCUUCCGCGAGGAGGAGGGAGAGGAGCAUGUGAUCGACCCGCCCAGGGAGGACGCCCUGCCGCACACCCUCGCCGUGUGCGCCGUGCGCCUGGCCAACCCCGUGCAGCCGCGGCCCAUGUACGAGUGGCUGUCGUACCACUGGCACGUGGGCGUCUCCCUCUUCCGCCUCUACGACGCCGGCUCCAUGGACGCGCACCUCGCUGCCGUGCUCGACCCAUGGCUCGCCAACCAGGUGUGUUUCAUUCAAGUCCACUCAAAACUCUCCCUCGGCGUCUCCCUCUACCACGCCGGCUCUAUGGAGGCUCACCUCUCCUCUGACCUCGACCCCCUGCCUCGCCAACCAGACCGCGCAGCACCUGCCUUCCUCGCACGCUGGGUCACCGUGCUCUCCCCCGACUCCUACCUCUUCGUGCCGCCGCCCGCCUCCAUUCUCGAGUAUCUCAAGCAGCAUGAGGAGAGGUCGUGGGUGACCAUCGGCACGCAGGAGUGGUCGCCCGUCAAGUGCCGUGACGGGCUGAGAAUGCAGCCGCCCGGCGUGUGGGAGGGGCGGCGAGAGGCAGCGCCAUUUGCGGUGGAGUGGCUGGCGUUUCGGCGGAAGGAUGCGCAGUGCUCGGACGAGGGCGCGGAGAAGGAGACGUGCAUUGGGGAGGCGGGGCAGCGGUCGCACUUCACCAACCCCAGGAAGGCGGGCAUUCUGGGCUACUAUGACGUGCGGGAGACGGACGGCAACGGGCAGCACGCGGGGUUCAGGGAGGUGCACAGGAACUGGUACCCCAGCCUGCACCACCUCGCUGUCUUCAACUCCACGUGCUCCGAGGUCGUUGGGGACGACGAGUUUGCCGAAGGGUGGGUGCGCGAUGUGUCAUUUGCAGACUAUGUUAAAUCUGUUAGGAAGAGUCCCUCACCUCAAGGGUCGACGGAGGCUCCUCCCCCACCAGCAGAGAAUUAA